AUGCACUCCAUUCCCUUGCACUCCUCCCUCUGGCCGUUGCUUUCCCUCUUCCUCGCCAACGCACUCACCGUCGACGCCCGUGUCGUCCACUCGCUCCCGGAGGACCCCUUUGCCUUUCCAAAGUACCGCGUCACCUUUCUGAACGGCCUCCCGCUCCAGAACGACACCGCAGAGCGCUGGAUCAAGGAUGGUCUGCGCGGCGGCGAGCUCGAGUUUCUCGACCAACCAUGGCACGAGGUGCACUGGGAUGGCUCCCGACCGCUGAAGGAGAUCGGCUCGGGCCAGACAGAGGCAGAGAGUCAAACUGCCGCUUCUCACAUGUCUUCCCAUUCUCUGGAAUUCAUGAAACUAGGUCCUCGGGAUUCGUAUCUAUGUCUCAUACCCCCCUCGACGGUCGAACAGAACUCGCCUGCUCCAGAGGACUCCCACACAGAGUGGACGCCCGCUCAGGGCUGGUCCUUGCUGCAGCCUCUCACGGGAUCCUGCAUCUACCAUCGACAAGGCUGGUUCACAUACGCCUACUGUCACAACUCACAUGUCCGCCAAUUCCGAGAGGUGAUCCCCUCCCACCCAAUCGCACCCGGGAGUUACGAAAUAGAAGAGGACCCCGACUCGGAGGCCUUCGACUUGGGCAGGGCGCCCAGUGCGCUCGAGCCGGGUGCAGACCUGUCGGUCGCAGAGCGGGCUGCGGCGAACCUCGAGCUCGCGCGCAGCGCAGGCUCCCGCUACCUCGUCCAGCGGUGGGGCGACGGCACCGUGUGUGAUAAAACCGGGAGGCACCGCGAAAUCGAAGUGCAGUUCCACUGCUCGAUGACGACGACGGACUCGAUCCUGUUCGUGAAGGAGACCAAGACGUGCCACUACGUCCUCGUCGUGAACACCCCGCGCCUGUGCGGCGAGCCCGGGUUCAAGUCGCGCAUCGAUCAGCGCGAGGAGGCCCUCGUCCGCUGCCGCGAGGUCGUCGACGUCCUCCCCGCGGAGAGGGUGGCCAUCCCGGAGGCCGAUCACCCGAUCAAGCUCCCCCCGCGCGGCCCCAAGCGCGUUCCCCCUCCCCCGCCC